GGCAGAAAAGCCCCCGCUCGGCACCAUGGCGUCCAGCUAUGCCCACGCCAUGGAGAGGCAGGCCCUGCUGCCAGCCCGCCUCGACGGCCCUGCCGGCCUGGACAAUUUACAAGCCAAGAAGAACUUUUCCGUGAGUCACCUGCUGGACCUGGAGGAGGCGGGCGACAUGGUGGCCGCGCAGGGGGACGAGGGCGGCGGCGAGCCCGGCAGGAGCUUGUUGGAGUCCCCCGGGCUGACGAGCGGUAGCGACACUCCGCAGCAGGACAAUGAUCAGCUGAAUUCAGAAGAGAAGAAGAAAAGAAAGCAGAGAAGGAACAGGACUACCUUCAACAGCAGCCAGCUCCAGGCACUAGAGAGGGUCUUUGAGAGGACACACUACCCUGAUGCUUUUGUACGGGAAGACCUUGCACGCAGAGUCAACCUCACUGAAGCCAGAGUUCAGGUGUGGUUCCAGAACCGGAGAGCCAAGUUUCGCCGGAAUGAGAGGGCCAUGCUGGCCAGCAAGAAUGCUUCUCUGCUCAAAUCCUACUCAGGGGACGUGACCGCCGUGGAGCAGCCCAUAGUACCUCGCCCAGCUCCAAGACCCACCGACUAUCUCUCCUGGGGUACCGCUUCUCCUUACAGUGCCAUGGCCACCUACUCCACCACGUGUACCAACGCCAGCCCGGCGCAGGGCAUGAAUAUGGCCAACAGUAUUGCCAACCUGAGACUGAAGGCAAAAGAAUAUAGUUUACAGAGGAAUCAAGUGCCCACAGUCAAUUAAUGACUGGAGGCAGCUGCUUCGCAGAAGGAGAAAAUACGACAACACCCGUCCUGCUUUGCAACUUCUGUGCUGAAAUAAAAAAUAUAUAUAUAUUAAAAAAUAUUAAAAAAAGAAAAAAGGAAAAAAAAAAAAGCCAACCCCAACCCAGAACUGAAUAUUGGGACCAAAGCGGGAGCAAACUGAACCGCUCGAGUGACAAGGUUCCUCCUUCCUUGUGGGAUAAUGCCACCAUUUUUUUUCUUGUUAUUGUCAGGUUUAUUGCUUCUGCUCAAUAUACUAUGAGCUUCUUCAGUUAAGGACAGUCUCACCCUUGUUGUUUUCCAUUUUUGUAUGGGACUGCAAAAAGAAACCUUCGCUGAUCUCAGCCCGCGGCUGCUUCCCACCCAACACCGCGCUGAGGUGCAAAGCUUGCUCCCCCACCCCAGCUCACCCUAGAAGAAGAAAUUGUUUGGUCACUGCUUUCCGUUGUAUCCACCUGACCUUCCGUCCCCUCCCACAUCCCUUGUUCCACAGAGGCAAUGCCGUUGAUGUUGACUGCAAGAAGCCCAUUGGCGCGAUGGGCUGGGAGCAUCCUUGCCAGGUUGCCUGGACCACGACACAAG